AUGACUUCUUUCUUAAUCUGGAUGAACAACAAACUUCCUACCUUAAACUUCAACAUCUGUAAGGCAAUUACUUCAUAUUCUCCAGAUCCAUCAGCCUUUGCAUAUGGUUUUAUGUCACCCGUUCAGCAAGAAAAAAUAAAAACCGCAACUUCUUUCUGUUUGGAUGCUACUCAUGCAAUCUCUAGCAACGUGAAUGAGAUUCUUUAUACCCUUUUGGUGCGUGAUAAAGAUAUUGGUAGAGGAUGGCCUGUUGCCUUUAUGGUAACCAAUGAUCGAGGUGUAAGCCCCAUUGUGCAGUGGCUGCAGUUCUUGAAGAGAUCUUUUUUGCUUUUUGACCCAAAGCAAUUUACUAUUGAUUGUUGUGCAGCAGAAGUUCACGCCAUUCAGACAACUUUUUCUGCAACAUCCAUUCAAUUUUUACAUCUUUCAUGUAACCCAAGCAUGGAACCAAAAAAGACUUUGACGAUCAAGAAAGCUUCUUGGAUUACUUUGAGAAAAACUGGUGCACAGAAGCAAAGUUUAAUAUCUGAAGUAGAGCAUAUCAUGAAUGAUAAUUCUCUCAUAUGCUCACAAAUAACUAUAUCGAGUUCUGAAUAUAGACGUGUCAUAUCAAAUAAUGGUGCAAUGAGAUUUUUUACUAGACAACAAAAAAUAUGUGAAACAGAAGCUGAAAAAGUCAAUGAUGACAGAGAAAUGUUGAUUGUUGCUCCUGGUACUGCAGAAGAUGUAAAUUGGCAAGUUUGGUCAUUUGUAAAUGAAAAUACAAAAUAUUUUAUUCAGAUUGCAGAGCCAAACUUGAUUAUUUCCUGCAGCUGCUUCCAUUAUCAGCAAAGAUGUAAACCUUGGAUGUUCCCCCCAAAUGGAAACAUAAGUUGUAUCUUUGGAAAGAAGCCUUAUACCAUGGUGAAAUACUUAGAUUUACAUGCUAUCUAA